AUGAGUCUGGGUACUGACAUCGCUAACAGUUAUUUCACAGUGAGUUUGAUCUACUUGGCUUCAAUGGAGCUUCUCUCAACAAGGGGCAGAUUCAUCCCAAACUAUAAGUGUGAUGCCAAGAACGGGGCACUAUCUGUCAUUGGAGGACCUAGCUCUCAGGUUUUUUUCAUGGCAAACAUCUUGAAUGUCUACAAGAUGCCCCAGCUCACAUAUGGAUCUUUCCCAUUGAUAGAUGGCAAGAUACAAGAUCACUUCUCUCAUCAUAUUUUCCCAAAUGUUGAUCAACAGAUUAUGGGUAUUCUCCAGUUGCUUUUGUAUUUUAGGUGGAUAUGGAUUGGACUGAUUUCCCAAUCUGAUAAGAGUGGAGAGGGAUUCGUAAAAAAAGCUAUUCCUUUGUAUUCUCAGAAAGGUAUCUGCUUUGACUUCAUGGAAGAGAUGGUGAAGGAAACAUUUUCUAACGAUAUUAUAGCAGUAUUUAAAGACUUUGGUAAAUUGUCCAUUAUUAUCAUGAAGAGCACUGCCAAUGUCAUCAUCUUUUAUUGUGAAAACCAUGUCACUGUCAUUUUUAGAAUGUUGCCCUAUUAUAUAGAAUUUGAAGAUAUCUCCGUCGAAAGAAAAGAUAAAGUUUGGAUAAUGCCAGCCCAGAUGGAGUUUACAUCCCUUCCCUUUCAAAAAAUUAGGAGUAUGGAUGUCUUCCAUGGUGUUAUAACUUUUGAAGUUCUUUCCAAGAAGAUUUCUGGAUUCGAUAAAUUCCUUCGGAUGAGAAACCCAAAGUCAGAAGUGAAACACCAUUUAAUGAGAGUGUUCUGGGAACAGGCUUUUGAAUGCUCCUUUCCUAAAGAUAAUUUAGAUGAAGAUGCUGGGAAGCUUUGCACUGGAGAAGAGAACUUGGGGAAUCUACCUAGGUCUGUGUUUGACACCAUCCUGACUGGGCAGAGUUACAGCAUCUAUAAUGCAGUCUAUGGUGUGGCACAUGCUUUACAAGCCCUGCUUUCCCCAAAGUCCAAACACAGAGCAAGGACAGAAAUUGGGAGAGAAAUAUUGUUGACUCAAAAAGCAUGGCAGGUUCAACCUCUUUCUUUGUGCAAUGACAGUUGUUGUCCAGGCUACAGGAAGAUGAAAAUAGAAGGGAAGCCAUUUUGCUGUUACAAUUGCCUUCCAUGUGCAAAAGGGAAAAUUUCAAACCAGAUGGAUGCAGUUGAUUGCUUCCAAUGUCCAGAAGAUCGAUAUACAAACAAGGCUCAAACUCUUUGCAUUCUAAAAGAAAUAACCUUCCUGUCUUACAAUGAUCCACUGGGACUCAUCUUGACCACUGUUAGUCUUUUCUUUUCUGUCAUCACCAUUGUGGUGCUGGGAAUCUUCAUUAAAAAGUGGGAUACUCCAGUCGUCAAAGCCAACAACAGGAACCUCAUUUACACUCUUCUCAUUGCCCUUCUGCUCUCCUUCCUUUGUGCUUUCCUCUUCAUUGGGCAACCUGACAAAGUGAAAUGUUUCACGCGACAAACUGCUUUUGGCAUCUUUUUCUCCAUAGCCCUUUCUUGUAUUUUGGGUAAAACAACCAUAGUUGUUCUUGCUUUCAUGGCUACUAAGCCUGGCUCCAAAAUGCAGAAAUGGGUGGGGAAAAGGAUGGCUAUUUCUAUUGUCCUUUCUUGCUCCUUGACUCAACUCUUGAUCUGUUUAGUGUGGCUGGCAAUUUCUCCCCCAUUCCCAGAUUCUGACAUGCAUUCCAUGGCUGAAGAAAUUGUCCUGGAAUGUAAUGAAGGUUCAGCCACAAUGUUUUACCUUGUCCUUGGCUUUAUGGGCUUCUUGGCUUCUAUUAGCUUCACAGUGGCCUUUUUUGCCAGGAAGUUACCUGACAGCUUUAAUGAAGCCAAAUUUAUCACCUUUAGCAUGUUGGUCUUCUGUAGUGUCUGGAUAUCAUUUGUUCCAACCUACUUGAGUACGAAGGGCAAAUAUAUGGUGGCUGUGGAGAUUUUCUCCAUUUUGGCUUCUGCAGCUGGAUUACUGGGCUGCAUAUUUUCCCCCAAAUGCUACAUCAUUAUUUUGAGACCUGAUUUAAACACAAAGGGACGUUUAAUAAAGAAAUAAAUCUGAA